CACAUCAAAAAACUUUCCCUCCGAUUCGGGCAGAAAAUUGGAAAGUUGGAGCCAUUUUAAUGAAAAAGACCAACCUACCCUUAAAAUUUAUUUCCUCAUUUUUUCAGCCCUCUUUUCUCUUCUCUCCUGCAGUGUGAACCCAAGAUUGCAGCUAGGAAUUCAUUUGGCAGAGAAACCUCAGAUAAGAGCCAAAGGGAUUUGGACAGAUUUAGUGUGGUUCACAACUACUUCAAACGACCUUAUUGGCAUGGAUUUUGUUAAUAAUGAGGGAGACAACUUAGAUGAAGCAUUCAAUGAGAUUAGUGAAGUGCAAUCUCAAGUGAGACAUGCUAACAAUGUUGGCAUGCCACCUCAAAUACAAAUUUUAAGUCAUUUUCGUCAAGAGUUAGAAAGGCGACAUCGCCUUUGUUCUGUAGUUUUGUUAUGUUACAUAGUUCAUGCAUUACAUAUGCUUCAAAUGAUGUCACAUCACAUGCAUGUUCCAAUUAGUGAUGAAAAUGAACAAAGGGAGCGUAGGCGUCUCCAUUUAAUGAGACAACUAGCACAUACUGAAAAAUGUCGGGACAUCAUACAAAUGGGACCUGAAGCAUUUAUGUUGUUGGUUCAUAAAUUAAGAGGGAUAGAGAUUGUAAAGGAUACCAUACGGUCCACAGUUGAGGAACAAGUUGCUAAAUUCUUACAUGUCAUUGGUCACAAUGUAAAAAAUCGAACUGUCUCAUUUUUCUUCCACCGCUCCGGAGAGACUGUCAGUCGUCACUUUCACAAUGUACUACGUGCUGUCAUUUCACUUCAUGAUGAGUUCCUUGUCCAACCAUCCGGUAGGGAUGUACCUCCACUAAUCUUAAACAAUAGCAGAUUCUAUCCAUUUUUUAAGGAUUGCAUUGGAGCCAUAGAUGGAACCCGAAUGUGGACCCACAUUCGGGUGAAGGUCCCAAGAGAAGAAGCCCCCCGAUUUCGUGGAAGGAAAUGCUCUGACCUCUAUUCAAUCUCACACAAAUCAGAAGCACUGUGCUUAAAGAGUGUCCCAAACAACGCUUUCGCAUUCACCAUAUUCAGUAUGAACAGUGGAAAAGCUUCAGAAGUUCUGAAGUUAUACAAACUCUGAUGUGGACUCAGUCACUAGAAGUUCUGAAGAUCCAGAAAGUCUGAUAACCAAGAAACACUGAAGGUUCAGAUGUUCUGAUGGUGUAGAAGACUCUGAAGAUCCAGAAGCUGAAUAGUGGAAACUCUGAUGUCCAGAAGCAAGAUACUCUGAAGACCAUGUACUUCCCUCUGAGUUCAGAAUCAAAAGAUACAAUGGUCAGAGGAUCUGGGCUUUCCCUCUGACUCUGAUCAACCGGCUUCACAAGUUCCAACAUGAAGCAUUCCCCUGAUCAGAAGUCUCCUAGGUUUUAAGGUCAAGUCGCUAUCCAAGUACAAAAGCAACUGUACCUUCCUGACGACCUACCUAACAGUCUCAGACACAGCAGAAGCUGGAUUUUUCAGAACUGCCCUCCAACGGUAGCAUUUCCCAUGCAACGUUCAACCCUAAUCCUUGGAGUAUAAAAAGAGGCUGAAGACUGAAAGAAGCGGCUAGAAGCAUUCACAUACGCGCAAGACAAAUUCAAAUUCUUCUAAGCUUUCUUUCAUCUGAAAUUCAUUGUGUUUACUAUUAGCUUUUUAGAAGCAAAUCUCUUGUAAACAUUUCUUUGAUAAACAGUUUGUUUAGUUCCUUUAGGAGAUCAAGGUUGAUCGGAUCCUAGAGAAGACUAAGAGAGUGAAUCUUAGUGUGAGCUAAGUCAGUGUAAUUGUUAGUCACUUGUAGGUUUCAAGUGCAGUUGUAACUUUUACCUGAUUAGUGGAUUGCCUUCAUUCUAAGAAGGAAGAAAUCACCUUAACGGGUGGACUGGAUUAGCUUGAGUGAUUUAUCAAGUGAGCCAGGAUAAAAUCCUUGUGUGCUUUUCUAUCUCUUAUCUUUAGCACUUAAGUUCUCGAAAGAUUUGUCAAAAUCUUUAAGGUGGAAGCUUUAUCUUGAAAACGUUAUUCAAACCCCCCCCCCUUUCUACCGUUUUUCAUACCUUCAAUUGGUAUCAGAGCGCAAGUUCUGAUU